UGCCUUUAUUUCCUGUCACAUGGCUGGUAAUAGGAUCCGACUCUUCAUUCUGUCUGCUGCUACUCUCUUCAUUCACUUACUUUAUUGCAGUGGGAUAAGUUGAGCAGUUGCAGGUUUGACAAAACAGGAUCCGUCUCCAGAGCGUUUUGCUUUCUUGAAGUUUAACUGGGUUUAGCAUGCACAGGGCUACAUUUUGGAAGCUGAUGUGCUUGUAGGAGUGCAACGAAUGCAAGUCACCUUAUCUGGUCCUAGCCUCCGUGGCUAAGCUGUGGCACACACCGCAUGGGGAGCCCCCCUAGCCCGCUGCUGUCCGAAGCAGCAAGGUGCUGAACGAGUGCUUUUCUCCAGAACCUCCUUAGUGCGCCGGUCGCUUGGUAGGUCAGAAGAAUAGCCUACAAUCUGAGUUGGCCGGAGUCGGAAGCUGCACUCUUUCUGCUUGUUAACACUGCAAGGAUUAUUACCAUUUUUUCUACGGGGCACUGUGAGAUCGUCUGUUUUCCACUUUUACUAUGGAUAAUUAUUGUGGAAUGUAUUUCUUGUUCGCUUUAGCUGCCUUUGUUAUGAGAUCCAUAACCUUCGCACACCUGAACACAGAGUGUUACACUGCAAAUGGUGUGGAUUACAGAGGAACUCAAAAUGUGACCUCUCUUCAUGGAGGAAAGCCUUGUUUAUUUUGGAAUGAGACCUUUCAGCACCCUUACAAUACUCUUAAGUACCACAAUGGUGAAGGUGGCCUAGGACAGCAUAAUUACUGCAGGAAUCCAGACAGUGAUGUUAGGCCCUGGUGUUACAUUGCUGAACUUGAGGAUGGCGUGUACUGGAAAUAUUGUGACAUUCCAACUUGUCGAAUGCCAGGAUACCUCGGUUGUUACAAAGACAGUGGUGACCCUCCUCCUCUGAGUGGCAGUAGUGAAACCUCCAACAAACUCACAAUACAGACCUGUAUUAGGUUUUGCAGGAAUCAGCGUUUCCAGCUUGCAGGGAUGGAGUCUGGAUAUGCAUGUUUCUGCGGGAAUGAUGCAGACUACUGGAGGUAUGGUGAGGCCACCGGCACAGAAUGUAACAAUGUCUGCUUUGGAGAUCAUACACAGCCUUGUGGUGGAGAUGGGCGAGUCAUCAUGUUUGAGACAUCCAUUGGAGCUUGUGGUGGUAACUAUACUUCUGAAAAUGGAGUCAUUUACUCUCCAGACUUCCCAGAUAAUUACGGCAGUGGAAGAGUGUGUUAUUGGACUAUUCAGAUCCCAGGAGUCUCACGCAUCCAGUUUAACUUCACUUUAUUUGACAUCAAGGAUGCCAGUGACAUGGUGGAACUACUGGAUGGAUAUCAGCAUCAUGUAUUAGCGAGGUUCGAUGGGAGGAACAAACCCACUGCAUCUAUAAAUAUCUCAUUGGACUUUGUUAUUCUGUAUUUCUAUUCAGACAGGACUAACCAGGCCCAAGGAUUUUCUGUCAUAUACAAAGCUUUCAGAGAGCGACUACCAAAGUCAGAAGCCAGAUAUCAACAGAAGGAAAACAGAGCUAAUCAAAAUGAAAGUAAGACCACAGUGGUUAUAUCAGAGGUGAUCACACAGAAAGCAAACCUCAGCAUCAAUGCAGCAAGAUCUUCAAAAAUACUGUAUGUUAUAACAACCAGCCCCAGCCGACCUCACUCUAACAUGCCAGGUUGGACAAUUUACCCUCUGGUUGCAGUAUUGAUCCUCAGCGUUCUUGCACUGCUUACAAAGAUAGUGUUGCAUGUCACAAGCCGAUCUAAACGACUUCCCAGUACAGAAAAUCCCGGUCACAUUCAGAAUUCUUCUCCAGAGAUCUGGACCAUCUUCUACAAGCCUUCAGCCUCCAUUGCCAUUUUCAAGAAAAAGCUGAAAACCCAAAAUGAAGACUGUAACCCACUAGUGGGAGAUUAGCAUAAAUGUGCCGGUAGGAAAGAAGGAACCUCUUAUCACUGCAGCAGCCUCUUAGACCUCAUCCUGUUACCCAAAUCAGCUUCCAAACUAAACAGGGUACAAUGACGGUUAACUCACUGAGUUCUUCCUUUGAUGCACUUACGACUUUGGAGCUAUGGUUCUUUUUUAGCAGCAAAACAAAGAACAUGGUGACAUUUUUACAAAUCUUGGUGAACACUAAGCAAAGCUAACUUUAGAGUUACAUUUCAGUGUAACUUGAUGAGUCAUGAGAACUCAGUGAUCAGAACAUUACAGUGCAAAUAAUUUUGCAGUACAACAAUCUUCCUACAGUUUCUAGCACUUCACCCUUGGGUAAACACUCACCCAAUAUGACCAAAGGAUAGCAAUGCAAAGAGACCUGCAGUAAUUAUUUUACUGAAGGUACUUUGUCACUUUCAUAUGUAGCAUUUAAUAGUAAGUUGCCUGUAGAGUUGGCAGUUUUGUUAAUGUGCCAUUACACACUCACCUUUUUUUACAAUAAUAAAGAUUAGGUGAUCCUCUUUAGAUGUACCGCAAUCACAUCAUUGAAGAAUGGAUAUGUAAACAGUUAAAGAUAAUUUGUUUCUGAAAGAAAUAUGUAAAAGAAAAUGCUAUUCAUUUUCAGAAAAUAGCAUUAUUGCAUAUUACAAAAUCAAAAGCUAGUAUAACUUUUUCUGCAAUGGAAACUCAAGUGCAUGGUGAUCUUAGGGUACCUCUCUAUAGCCAUAAUAUUGAAGCGUGUGGCAUAUGGGCUGAAUCUGUACCCAGCUUGCUGUGAUUGUGCCUCAUAUUUCCAUAUACCACUUAUUUACUUUUUACAAACACACUGCUUCAGUUUUACUUUGGCUAAGCAAAAUCUUAAAAAAUGCCAGAUAUUCUUCAAAAGCUACACCUACUUUUCUGAUGACAUAAAUGACUACAACUCCAGUAAUAACUAAAAGUAAAAUGCUAUAUAGGGAUUGAUACCUUUUAAUUUAUUUAAGAUUUCAAGACUAGAACAGAUGAGACAUUUAUGUAUAUAUAUACUCUGCUUAUACUGUUUUGAUUGCACAGUUGAAGUAUCAUUCGUUAGAUACUUCCCCUGACAAUGCAUUUAGCUACUAUGAAGAGAUUUUAGCACUGCAAAUUUAAUAAACAGAAUAUUUACUGGGUCAGAAUUUUCUGGUUCUACAGAAUAUUGCUCAAUUUUGAUAAGUACAGUCCUCUAGAAGGAGGAAUUAUUUUUCUUUAAAAAAUACAUAAAAAUGCAUAAGGUAAGCUCAAAGCUACAGGCAGUCAGAGUAAAGCAAGGCUAACAUAAAAUGCCGUCCACUGGGUUUAAUUUGGUGCCCACAGCUUGUAGGAAGAGUAAAACAUGUUAUUUUAUGUUUCUGAGAGUAUACAGACAUCAGAGGGGCAAUACUUGCUGUCAUUUGAUUGUCAAAGAUAAACAAUGCAAUAUAGGACAAACUGAAGCCCUCCAUUCAGCUUUUUCGGUUAAUAUAGACUGUUGUGUACUUUCAUAUUCAACUUUUUUGGUAAAGCCAUGUGAAUCUGCUUUGAUUAGUGUUAUAGAAUUCAAUGUGAUUAAAGAAAAGGGAUUGGAGAGCAGCAUUAAUGCGUUACAGAAGAAUUGGGCUGAUGAUAAGUUUUAUCUUCCUGUCAGCUGUCAGUUGUCCUUCUGUUAAUGAUUCACACUGCUGACUUAAGUCAAGCAAACUGUUAUGCCAGGUUUCUUUCUGAUAGUCAGCAGUUUGAGGUACUAUACAAUAUGGACCACAGCAAUAUUGCAUAUUUAGUAGUACACAGUAUAUUAACAUUUAGGUGACUAAAUAUCUUAUCAAACAUAUCCUACUUCCUGAAAAUGGCUAUGCCACUAAUCAAAAACAGGAAACAUGAAACAGUAAUUUGACUAUGUACUUCUUCUUUCAGCUUUUCCCAGUUAGGGGUCACCACAGCGGAUCACCUGUCUGCUCAUGACUGGCAUUGGAGUUUUACAGUG